AUGGACUUAUAUCACUACCUCUUUAAAUUCAUAAUCGUUGGAGAUACAAGUAAUACUCAUCAUCGCUAAAUAUCAAGGUGUUGGGAAGAGUUGUCUUUUGCUCAAUUACACGGAAGGGAAAUUUAAAGAGGAACAUGAUGCUACCAUUGGAGUAGAAUUUGGGUCUCAAGGAUUCAAACACAAGAACAAGCAAUUCAAAAUAUAAAUCUGGGACACUGUACUAUAUUGAGUUUAAAGAUAGGCUGGUUAAGAAUCCUUUAGGUCAAUCACGCGAUCAUAUUACAAGGGGUUUGUUAAUUUAUUGUUAAGUGUAGUUCAAUAGGGGUUUUACUAGUUUUCGACAUUACAAAUCGAUAGUCAUUCCACAAUAUUGUUAGAUGGUACAAUGAAAUAUUGGAUUGCGCUCACGAAUCGGUAGAUAUAGUAAUUGUUGGCAAUAAAAUUGAUUUGGAGAGCGAGUAAAUCAAUUAUGUAAAUAGACGCUAAGUUUCAGCAGAUGAAGGGAAACAAUUUGCAGAAUAAUAUCGGAUACACUAUAUUGAGACAUCAGCUAAAACUGGACAGUUUGUGGACUAGGUUUUUUAAUAAAUGGCUAUGCGAAUCUAUGAAAAGAUAGAAAAUAAAUUGAUAGAUUAGAACAAUGAAAAUUUAGGUAUUAAAUUAGGCACAUUUUACAGAAAUGAUGAACAAGAUGAUAAAGAAUUGUAAACAAGUUUAGGAUAAAAGAAGAAGAAAAAAAAUGAUGAUUGUUGUUGA